GCGGAUGAAAAAAGCACGACUAUUCUUUCUGAUUGUUGUAGUGGAGAUUAAGAGGAGUAUGCGACGGACAACGAGCCAAUGGUCGUUUCUGAUGAAAAAAAUCAGUUUGGAUUAAAAACUGUCAUUCAAUAGGGGGGACCCUUAAUUUGCUCUCCCGUCGGCUAAAUUUUGGAAUUAAAUAAAUACGAAGUAUGAACAGGCGAGUUUCUAACCUCUGAAGUAGUCUAACAAGUAUUUUUUUCCCUUGGCAAGACUUGGAAUUUUUGGGAAUGCUUUGGACUGAGUAUUGCACUUGGUCAUAACGGGACAUGGAACCGAGGACUGUCUAAGGUGAAAACGAGUGGGGAUAGCGGAUAGCCUACCCAACCGUAAACUAAUGGGUGUCGUCCUCCGUCUGUCCUGGAACUGAGGGUCUUGAGAGACCAGCGACCUCUCUCUCCCAUCACCGUCCCUCGCCACACCCAGCCCAGCGACGCCACGCCUAGCAACACCAGGCCUAGCAACGCCACGCCGAGCGACGCCGCGCCUCUCCACAUCGCCAUGGAACAUCGGAUCGUCGUCAGGACACAGCCUGAGGAAUAACGCGGGGCGAGUGCAGAUGAUGUCAUCGCCGUCGUCCGCGCCCCGGCCCGAGUGAACCCGAUGGGGAGUCGAUCCCAGCCACGCCCACACCCUCCCAUCGCCGCCGCCGCUCAUCCCGGACCGCCCCCCUCGCCGCGCGCUGGAUCUAAGGAGGAGCACCGCCGUUAGCCUGUUUAGCGCCUAGCCGGAGCACGCCAGCGUGCGUCCUUUUUCGGAGAGAUCGUGUGAGUGUGUGUGUGCGUGCGUGCGUGCGCGAGUGUGUGUGUGUCUCGAGCGUGCGCUGGUGUGGCGUAGGAGCAGGACCCGGGAGCUGCUUAGGAGGCCGAGGGGAGGAGUCAGGAUGGCCCAGUGCGGGCCUGGGGGUUGGGGGGCGUGCGAGCCGUCCGCCUGGAGGAGGGCUACGGGGGUGCGGAGGGGUGGAGGUCUGCUUCGAGGGGGUCCGGCUGGCCUGAUCUGGGUCCUGUGGUCUCUCAGCCUGGCUCUGCAGCUCCUCCAGCCCUCCGCCGCCCAGAAACUGGACGAGUCCGACCCCGUGGUCACCACCGUGUACGGGAAGCUGCGCGGCAUCAAGAAGGAGCUCAACAACGAGAUCCUGGGCCCCGUGGUCCAGUUCCUGGGCGUGCCGUACGCGGCCCCGCCCACCGGCGAGAGGCGCUUCCAGCCCCCCGAGCCGCCCGUCUCGUGGCCGGAGGUGCGCAACGCCACGCAGUUCGCCCCCGUGUGCCCCCAGACCAUCGUGGAGGGGCGCCUGCCGGACGUGAUGCUGCCCGUCUGGUUCACCAACAGCCUGGAGGUGGUGUCCUCCUACGUCCAGGACCAGAGCGAAGACUGCCUCUUCCUCAACAUCUAUGUCCCCACUGAGGAUGGAUGGAGAGCAUGA